AUGUCAGUAAGCAAGAUGCCCAGCGGGACAGCGGCCCAUCAUCCUCAUGCUCCUACGAAACCCACCGUGGCAGAGCGGCCGCACGGGCAUAAGGAGGCGCCCCAACAGGUGGUAUCUAUUACCAAUGUUAUGCCAGGGGACACUCUGUACGUCACGUGGGAGCAAUUCCACUCCGCUAUGACUGUGAUACGAAUUAUUACAGGCGGAUCCGAGGAAUCGGGAGCAAUGUCUCCCAUACUUUCUGAAUACGGCAUCAAUGUGCAGGCCUUUUUGCUGCGCAUCGAACGACGGUACACCCAGAUAGGAUUGGAGCCCCACGACUGGGGGAGCGCAGUUAUUGACCAGCUUAUGGGCCCCGCUCCAACGUAUUGA